GCGGAAGAGGGGCCACAUGCGCACGGGGCAUAGCCCUCCCAGUUCUUUCCAGCAUGGCGGCCAUAGGAGUCCACUUCGGAUAUACUUGUGCUUGUGCUGCGAUAUUUAAGGAUGGACGGGCUGAGGUGGUGGCUAACGACGCAGGAGACCGGGUGACUCCAGCUGUGGUGGGCUACAGAGACACUGAGAAGAUUGUUGGCAUCGCCGCGAAGCAAGGGCGGAUCCGCAACGCUGCCAACACAAUUGUCAAAGUGAAACAAGUGCUGGGGAGAAGCUUCGACGAUCCAGAGACCCAGAGCCACAAAACACAGACAAAGUGUCAGGUUGUCAACAGACAAGAGAAGCCUUAUUAUGAGAUCACAGCGGGAGAUCACCCAGAGUAUGUCGCGCCGGAGGAUGUUGCAAAACUCAUCUUCAACAAAAUGAAAGAAACGGCUCAGUCGGCUCUCGGCUCUGAUGUCACCGAGGCGGUUAUCACCGUCCCAUUUGAGUUUGCACAUGCUCAGAAACGUGCUUUGAGGGAGGCAGCUGAAGCUGCAGGCUUCCAUGUACUGAGGCUGAUUCACGAGCCUGCUGCCGCUCUGUUGGCCUAUAACAUCGGACAGGAUUGUUCUUCAGGAAAGAGCCACGUGCUUGUGUACAAGCUGGGCGGGACGUCCCUGAGUGUGACAGUGCUGCAGGUCAAUGGAGGAGUGUUCCGGGUCCUCAACACACACACCGACCACAGUACCGGAGGAGAGAGCUUCACCCAGGCUUUGGCCCAGCACCUCACUGCAGAAUUCAAACGCACCUAUAAGUACGACGUGAGCACCAACGUCAGGGCCAUGCUGAAGCUGAUGAACGGAGCAGACAUGGCCAAACACUCUCUGUCCUCGCUGGAGUCGGCCAACUGCUUUGUUGACUCACUUCACGACGGCAUCGACUUCGAAUGCAACGUCUCCAGAGCUCGUUUUGAGCUGCUCUGCUCUUCCCUCUUCAACAAGAGCAUCCAGCCAAUCAGACCCCUGCUGGAGGCAGCGGGGCUCUCCACUGCCGACAUUAACAAGGUGGUUCUCUGUGGAGGCUCGGCCAGGAUCCCUCGUCUCCAGCAGAUGAUCCGUGAGAUGUUUCCAGAUGUGGAGCUGCUGAGCUCAUCCCCUCCUGAUGAGGUCAUUGCUGUGGGAGCAGCUCUAGAGGCAGGCUUACUGGUUGGCAAGGACAGUCUGGCCCCCGAGGAAGACUCCAUCACAGUGGAUGUUUCUGCCAGCGACAUACUAGUGAAGGAGGUGGAUGAAUCGGGAGGCGAGGUGUUCACCGUUCUCUUUCCGUCGGGUACGCCCCUCCCAGCCCGCAGGCACCACGUCUUGAGUGGAGGGGCGGGGCUGUCCUCCCUCUGCUUGGAAAUUUACCAGAGAUUUGUUGCGGAGAAGCCAGAGAAGCUAGCUAAGAUUGUCCUGAGGGACCUACAGCCGAAAGUGGAGAACCACAGCAUUGACACCGUGGUGACCAUGAAAAGGGACGGUUCUGUUCACGUGUCCUGCGUAGAACAGAGCUGUGGAAGGCCAGAGGUCGUCACCAUAGCAGCUGCAUCCUGAAUCUGCUCAAAUACAAACCGCACACACUGUCACUGCAGAUGGGUUUUUUUGUUUUUUAUUACCAAAUAAACAUAAUUCAA